CCCACAAAGACCACCACAAAAUGUCCCCCGACGACGAUCUUCCCACAAACAACGCAGAGAACUCCGACGUCGACGAGCUCAUCGUGCUCGGACAAGCCCUGAUAGACGCGAUCCUGGAACGCAAGUCCUCCACACACAUCCAAUUCCUCAUCGACGCCGGCGCACCGCUCUGGUUCCAGGACGACGACGGCUGGUCUCCCCUACACGCAGCCGCCAACGUCGAGGAUGACGGGCUUAUCCGACUGCUGCUGCAGGAAGGCGCGGUGUGGAAUGCCGCCGAUAAUCUCGGCAACACCGCUGGGGACAUCGCCCUUUCGUUGAACAACGACGCGUGCUACCGGCUCAUUCGAGACGCCGGUAUACGGUCUGAGCUGCUGCUGCAGCUGCUUUCUUCGAGAGGACCGAGCCUCGGUGGCGAUGAUGCGCUCGUCCUGAAAACAGAAGACGCCACCGCGUUCGGAUCGACGGACGCGUUCCUCCAUUCUCGUCUGCGGUACACAAAAGACGCGCAGGGGCAGGAAAUAUGCCUCCUGGCCGCCGGGGACGAAGAGGUCGGCGUGAUGAUGGGGUGGGAGCGCGAGAUCAUGCGAGAGACCGUUCGGCAGAUGUGUGCCGGGCACCGAAAACUGCCCGAGGGACUCAGAGUGCUCAACGUCGGCUUUGGCCUCGGCAUCGUCGACUCUUUUUUCCAGAGCCUUCCGACGGCGCCUUCCCUGCAUGUCAUCAUCGAGCCUCAUCCUGACGUCCUCCAGCACAUGCGAGACACCGGCUGGUACGAGAAGAAAGGGGUCAAGAUCCUAGAAGGCAAAUGGCAAGACUUUGUCGAGAGCGAGAGCGGCGUCCUCCUCGACGCAGGAGGCUUCGAUGCCGUCUACACGGACACUUUUUCCGAAGACUACGACGACCUGUACAGAUUCUUCCAGCAUCUCCCGAGACUGCUCGCCGGGCCCGACGCCCGGUUCAGCUUCUUCAACGGCCUCGGUGCCACGAACGCGCUAUUUUACGACGUCUACGUCCAUUUGUCCGAGAUACACCUCGAGGAGGUCGGCUUGGAGGUGCGUUGGGACGAGCUUGACGUGGCGGCUGCGAAGGGCGAAGACAGAUGGGGGAAGACGAGAGAGUAUUUUGGUCUACGGUUGUACCGUCUUCCCAUCGGGCACAUGCGCCCGCGGGCUUCGGUCCAGGAUGACAAAAAGUAGACGUACGGACACGGCCUCGUCCAACAAAAGAUACGGCACACGCAUACAUAAGUAGAUAAAAUCCGCGUCGGUGUUGCAUGCGAAGUAUCAAAAAAGCCCUUCAUCACG